AUGGUAUAUGGCCUGAUUGAGACAGAUUGCUUAGAGAUGGAGUGGCUGUGGAAGAAAGGAGGGGUGAGGAUGGAGGAGGAGGAGGAGGAGGGAGAGAGGUUGCACAUGCAGAGUCGGAGGGAACGGGGGGAGGGGAGAGGAAAAAGGAGCAAGAGGAGUGAGGGAAAGAAAUAUCUGGCAUCAACACUCUCACCUCCGACCCUGUACAGGUAUAUCAGGACGCUGUAUCUGGGCAUCAUGUCCCGUCGGCAGAAGGAGUACCAGCGGCGGUGGUACUGGGCCAUGAUGUUCGAGUACGCGGACGUCAACAUGCUGCGGCUGCUGGAGACCUUCCUGGAGUCGGCGCCUCAGCUGGUCCUGCAGCUGUGCAUCAUGAUCCAGGAGAACCGGGCCGAGACGCUGCAGUGCAUCUCUUCCCUGGCCUCCCUCCUGUCUCUCGCCUGGGUCCUGGCCUCCUACCACAAACUCCUGCGCGACUCUCGUGACGACCAGCGCGGCAUGAGUUACCGCGGAGCGCUGCUGCACCUCUUCUGGCGCCUCUUCACCAUCUCGUCCCGCGUCCUCUCGCUCGCCCUCUUCGCCUCCCUCUUCCACAUCUACUUUGGCAUCUUCGUGGUGCUCCACUGGUGCGCCAUGGCCUUCUGGGUCGUGCACGGCGGCACCGACUUCUGCAUGUCCAAAUGGGAGGAGGUGCUUUUCAACAUGGUGGUCGGCAUCGUCUACAUCUUCUGCUGGUUUAACGUGAAGGAGGGCCAGACACGGUACAGAAUGGUGGCGUACUACACCGUGGUGUUGGCGGAGAACACCAUCCUCACUGGGCUGUGGUACGCCUACAGGGAUCCGGUGUUGACCGACUCCUACGCCUUCCCAGCACUGUGCAGCGUCUACCUGACGUUCGCCGGGGGCGUCCUGGUCAUGCUGCUGUACUACGGCUUCCUCCACCCUGCCACUGCCCACAUGCAGCCGAGUCCCGCCUCCACCUGCUGUGCACAGCUGCUCUGGGGUCUCCCUCUGCCCCCAUCUGCCCCGCCGACCGCCCCGCCCACCCCAGCCCACAUGACCAAGUCACAGACGGAAGAGGAUGUGGCCGAGACGUGUCUUCCCGUGUUCCAGGUGAGGUCGGCGCCCCCAAUGAUCAAGCCAGGAGGGCCGCUCAUAAAGAUCGACAUGCCGAGGAAGCGUUACCCGGCGUGGGACGCCCACUACGUAGACAGGCGCCUGCGGAGGACUAUAAACAUUCUGCAGUACAUUACGCCAGCUGCCGUGGGUAUCCGCUACCGUGAUGGACCCCUACUGUAUGAACUGUUACAGUACGAGUCCUCACUCUGACACACACACACACACACACAUAUAUCAGUACACACAAGCACACGUGCCACCAUGAAAAGAUAUUUGUACACAUGGAUGUUCAGAUUUAGAGAAGAUAUAUAAACACACACUCACAAUGGUCACUUGGUAUAAGCACACAGAUACAAAAGCAAUCGGACACACUUCAACUCAUAUCCACACUUUCCUGACCCACAGACACACACACUCCUCGUGGGAACCUGCGACCCCUACGACUCAACAAGCUGCUUCAGCGCGAGUCCAUCUCUUUCUCUCUUCAUCCCUCCGUCUUUCCUCUGAUGGCUCUUCAUCUGUCGUCGUUUCUUUGAUUUCGCACGUCCACACUCUGCUGUGAAGAAAACAAAAAAUAAGAAACGCGAGCUCAGUUUCCCAACAACCACCGCAUGCCGUUUAUGUUGCGUCGCUCACACUCUUCACGGGUUUCGGUAAAAUAAAAAGACGUGACAAAGAAAAGACCAAACGUCACUUUUUAAAAACAGGAGUUUGUGAACGUGUUGUCGUUAGUCUAGUCAAAAGGUUGUGUAUAUAUUUUCUAUGUAGAGAAGGGAGGCUUUUUACGUAUCGUGACGUCGUUGUCGACUUACUGGCAGAUAAUGAUGGGACGAGACAGAGGAUUGUGAUUUGUAUCUAACGCACACUCAAACAGACAAAACUUAAAGAUGCAGCGAGCGACAGCCUCUCAAUGGUUUUGGAGUUAGAGUUAGAUGAGAUGUUAGUACGCUAACUAUGAAGCUCGGGCCAAAAGUCGGCCAUUAAACAUUAAAAAUACCUAAAGUAUUUAAGAUGUUAGAGUAAAAAUAAGUGUUUAAGAUUCUUUAUGCAUGUGGACCUGAUCUCGGGGUCAACAACAAAAAAAGUGCUUACCUGUUUGGAGAAUGGCCAAACUGAGAGAAAUUCAAGUUUGCAACAGAGUAAGACUAAUUCUUUUUGAUCUCUCUCUGCUACAUUUCUCCGUGUGUGAUUUCCUCAUCAUGCCGGUCCCGUGUUCACAUGGUGCUGCCAGUGAAGCUGGCGUAAAACAGUUUUGUGCUUCAGUUGUCGCGGCCUUCCCGAUGACUCGUCUCCUCUUGUGCCGUGUCCAGCAUCGACUCCUCCAAAGCCACCCACGGCUGAGCUGUGAUGAGUGGCUCGUGAUUUCAUUUUUUGUUUGUUUAUCCCUGUAAUCCAAGCUGUUACAUUGGCAGGCGACAACAAAUGAGCUGAAUUAUCAGUCAUCAGCCCGUCGACAGGAACGUCGUUCCUGAAAUCUCGUGCCGUCAUCAGGCCGCCUUUAGCAACUUGGCGGCGAGGUGCGACAAGGGGUUUGGAAAGUAGUGAAAGAGCCGUUGGAUGCCUCACAACAAGCGGCAGAGGAGGUGAAACCCGGCCAUGAGCCAUUUCAGAUAGUUGCAUUACUAAAGACGAAGACACACAUGCUCUUAUUCCAAGAGGAUAGAGCAGGUGGAAGAGAAGAGUGGAUGAAUAGUGUUAAUGGGGUAAUUCAACAUAUUGUGUUUAGUUUUUUGUCCAGAUGGGUCAAAUUGGGAUACCUUUCUCCAGGUUGACAACAGGCUAGAAGCUGCUUUUUUGUUUUCUGUGCUGAAUUAAUCGUAAAAUUAUAACUUAAUUGGCCAACUGACCUUCAGUUAUUCAGCAAAAAUGUCCUAAAUGUCAUCAAGCACCCGAUAAUCUAGAAUGUAACGUGGGGAAUGUAGCGUGGAACACCAAACUAAAGCCAACCCUCGGAAGUACGUGUGACCGAAACUAUCAGCGGACACAGAAAACAGAAAGUGUGGUCAUCCCUCAAGAUUUAUCACUAGCGACCCUUCACAGUGGGAACCAGCUGUUAUUGAACAGAGUCAAGGACACUGGCACAAAAAUGUUGAAGUAUCCCUUUAAACACAAAUAUGAACAAGGAGCGAUCUUACAUUACUUUUCCGCGGUGCUAGUUGAUUCAAAAACAAACAAAAGACUCGCUAGGAGUAGUUUCAGUGCAAACGCGCGACAGACGCAGCAGCAACAACAGUGUUCAUAUGGUGCAACGCGCUCAAGCUAAAGAGUCAAUUGGCUGCUAAUCCCAAUUCAUAUGGUGCAAAUAUGAAAACACACAUGUACUUAUGGUGCAAUAAGGGCAGAUUGUCUCUUUGAAUUGAGUACUGCCUUCAGUUAUCAGCCAAGGCUGUGCCAAAGGCUCCGUCCAAAUGGACAACUGCUCUUCCUGUCCUGCAGAAGCUAUGCAAGUCUCCGACGCAGGGAGAUGUGCUUAGUGUACAU